GACAGCACUUAUAGGGCGGUGGGGACAGCGGGGACGCGGAGCACCAUGGCUGGGGAGCAGAGCACGGAGCCCCACAGCGCCCCGGAGAUGGCCAACGGAACCCCUUUAGAGCCUGUCCCGGGCCCAGAGCAGCGCUCAGCCAUGGGGCCGCCCUAUAGCAACCUCAGAGCAUCUGGCGAGGACGGCCCUGCCGAGAGCAUCGGCUCCGUGUCGGGCAGCAGGAACGCGCUGCAGCCGCUGCAGGGGGAGGAGGAUGAACACUUCACCACUUACUUCGACAGCAAAAUCCCCAUCCCCGAGGAUGAGACGCACUCGUGCUUCAGUUUCCGAAAGCUGUGGGCAUUCACCGGGCCGGGCUUCCUGAUGAGCAUCGCUUACCUCGACCCCGGCAACAUCGAGUCCGACCUGCAGUCUGGAGCUGUGGCGGGGUUCAAGCUGCUCUGGGUGCUGCUGUUGGCCACGGUGAUCGGGCUGCUGCUGCAGCGCCUGGCGGCGCGGCUCGGCGUGGUGACGGGGCUGCACCUGGCUGAGGUCUGCCAUCGCCAGUACCACAGG